UAUCCUUUUUAAAAAUAUUUUUUCAUCCAUAUGCACACUGGCGGAUGUAACUAGUAACACGAAGCUUAAAAAAAAAGAAAAAAAAUUCUUAACCAAUUCACGCUGAAUUCUCACAUCUCUCAAAAACUUCCUUUUCUCAAUUAACGCCCUUUUCUCUCAUAUCUCACUUCCUCUCCCUUUCUCUCUCAUACAAUCUGAGAUACAAUCCCUUUAACUUCUCUCUCAUACGACAUCACCGGUGAACCUAAAGACCGUUCGUAACUCGAUCCUCGAACCUCCUGCUGGUUGCUUCGUGUCGGUGUUGUGAGUUGUGACUCAGAACUUCUACAAGGCUCACUGCCUCACCUACGGCCUACCUGCAGCAGCAGAAUUGCACAGUCGACCUCCAAUAGUCGUGACUAGAUAUUUCCAUCUUCUCUCUAUAACGUACUGGAACACUGCCUACCUUUCUACAAUUUCCUCAAGUGUCGUCUUAAGCGAUCAUCUACUCUUCUAAGUUCACACGUGCCCCUCCUAGUGUUCCUGUUUCAGCAAAUGAAAAGCUCCUUGCAUGGGUUGGUGAUGAGAUUCUACCUUGUGAUAGUGCAAAGGUUUUAAUUCUGGACUCAGUAGUACAAGGAGGUGAUUCUGUUUGGGAAGGACUACAUAUCUAUAAAGGAAAAAUAAUAUUUAAGCUUGAGGAGCAUCUGGAUAGGGUAUCAUCUUGCUGAACAUGACUAUAGCCUGUCAUACAGCUGAUAUGACAAAUGCACACUUUUCAAGGUAGCUCUAUGCCCUUGUAUCGUUCUGAUCACUCUCAUCUUCAUUGUUAUCUUCAUUAUUCUCAUUGUCAAGUUUCAUCUCAUCAAUCAUCUUCCCUUACACUACCUAUUUUACAAGAAAAAUUGCAUCAAGACAUAGCGCAUUGUUGGGAUAUACUUAGUAGCAGAGAGUCAAAGAAUGCAGUAUCGGCGACAGCCUUAAUCAUUAAUUAUGUUCCUGCCUCAAGUGAAGCUCUCAAGGAAUUGAUAGCUUCAAUUCGUACUCGGCUAGCUGAAGCAGUUGUUAAUCUUGUGGUCCCUGUAUGGAGUCGAGUCGCUAUGAAGGCUGUACCAAAUGUUGCAAGAGUUGCAGCAUGUCGAUUUGGUGUGGCAGUUCGACUGAUGAGGAACAUCUGCAUGUGGAAAGAUAUACUUUCUUUGCCAGUUUUGGAGAAGCUUGUUCUUGAUGACCUUUUGGCUGGAAAAGUACUUCCUCAUGUUCAGAACCUUAUUCAUGAUAUUCAUGAUGCAAUAACAAGAACUGAGAGGAUAAUUGCUUCAGUAAAUGGGGUGUGGUCUGGCGCAAGUCUCACAGCUGCAAACAGAGCUCAUACACACAAGUAUAAACAAGCUGGAGGAGGAGGAAUUUUGAGAUAACAUAGAUUUUUACUAGACCGUGUAAUUGAUCUAUAUGUUUUUUGGUCUUUGAAACUUUUGUGUAUAUAUAGUUUGGAAUUUUCUUGUUUUACUUGUUACAGAACAUAUUGAUUGAAAUUUUAUGAGCUAUAUUCUUAA